AUAAAUCAAUUUCCUAAUUUUAACUUAUAAACCAUAAUAAAGUUCAAAAAUGAAUUCGAUUGCGGAAAGAGAAGCAUUCCUAGAUAUAGUAUUUCGAAGAUUAUUUUAAUAAACAAUCAGAAUGGCAUAUUUCGCAUCACUUUGGAAAGCAAGGAUCAUAGAAAAGCACCGCCGAGAAUAUGAAAACGAAAAAAUUAAUUCAAUAUUUCAAUCAAAUACCAAGGUACCUAAAGAUUCUGGGCUGAAAUGGCGAUUAUACGGCUAUGAUACGAAACGACGCAUGUCUGGCCAAUUUAAAAAGAUGUUUCCAGAUGGUUCAAAGAUAUCGAACUUGUUGUUGUAUUUGAAAACAGAUCAAACGUUUCCUAAUUUCCUAUUGAAGAGUUUAAUAGGUUUCCUUGGCGGGAUCUUGCUCACAUAUCUUGGCUUCAUGUUCUUUGUGUUCCAAUUGUCAAUAUCGCUCGUGCAUGCUACCAUAAUGAGUUCUAUUAUUGGCGUCUUACUCACACUGGGACUGGCUUUCAGCUAUAGAAUUAGAUGUCUAGUGUUCCUUCUAAUACCGCAAUUCUUUUCACGCAUCGGAAGGUACACCCUUACGUGCUAUGCUUUGAUACUUAUUCUGACAGGACCAGCAACGAAUACCUUGAGGAAUUCAGAAGUGCUAACCGAAUCUAUGGCUUGCAGUCAGGAGCAAAUAAAAGCCAACGUGCGGCACCUGACUGAUUCCGCGAAAAGCCCCUACAACGCGAUCAAGGACAGCAUUCGUGUAAUGCUGGCUCAAAUCAACCGGGUCAACGAUAAAAUGGACGACAUUGUAAGGAAAAUCGAAGGCUUGGUGAUUAACAUCGCGGACAUAAUCCAAUCAUCAUACGCCUGGUUAAAUAAAACAGUCAAUACUUGCAAUCGAAAACUUGGAUCACCAUACCAACACUGUAUGCAUGCCCUAGCUAAAGGAAUACCAAAUUGUAUAUCUACAUUAGGACCAAAGUUUUCUUGGUUAUGUAAUGUGACCACGGUGGAAUCGGCAUGCGAAAUUGUGAGGAGUUAUAGAGAAAUGUGUCUAUUGGAUGAAUUCGCUAAAGGAUCUUUUGCGGCUACUAUAAAGAGAAAACUACGUGAAUUCACAACUCGUAUAAAGAGAAUGUUCUACGCCAGCAUACAAAUCCAUCACCGGUUCACAAUAAGCACUAAUGCUAGUCAGUCAGCCAGUCAAAUAGCGAAUGGUAUCAUAACUGAGAUACGGAACAGAGCUGAUCCGCUGUUGACUUGGUUGUCUUGGAGUUCGUGUGCCACUAGUUUGUUCUUGCUGCUUAUUAUUUUUAGGGCAAAAUAUUAUCAGCACAUGUACGAAACAAGAUCAAGAUUUGAUAAUUGCUACGUAACAAAGGAACUGUAUGAACUCGAUUGGAAAAGAUUUCAGGAAGGGAGGGACACUAUUCUGCCUCUAAACAGGAGAGAGAAAGCGAAGUAUAUCCCUACGACAUCAUUUCGUUUAGUAACUACAGAAAAGGUAUUUCUAUCCCGGUCAGCUGUAGUCAUGGCUAUCACGACGUUCAAAUUAAUGAUACACAUGGUAGCAGACUAUAGUUUAUAUUGGGUGUUAAUGACGAUACGUUACCAUGGCAGGUUCCAGAGUUUAAUACCACCUGGUCCUCCCGAUGCUGGCAUAAAAGUAACAGGAACAGGCUUCGGAGCAGAUUUGUUACGAUCUAUAUUCAAUAUAUUGACAGUGCCAUUGUAUUUGCCAGCAUCAUCUCCUAUAUCGUGCUUACCGAACCCACAUCCACCUGAUUUUCAACGUUAUUAUCAAAUAGGUGUACUGAUAAUACUUUUAUGGUUAUUCGCGUUAUUCGAACCGUACGGUCUGCGACUUCGCCACGUGAUCAUGGGACAUUAUCGCCCAGAGCGAGCAAAGGCUCGAGCCACUUGGCUAUAUAACCAUAUCUUGAGAACUAGGGGCAGUUUUAUGAAACUAGCAAGAAGGAAACUUCAUCGUGAAUAUAAAUAUAGCGGUGAAGAGAAUCUCACAUUUCGACACUGGGUGGAUUCUCAUAUACCGUGUUACUUUUUGCGUCGUUUAUUGGGAACGUUGCCGAAAGAACCGCACUGCCUGCUUUGCGACACUAUAGACCUGUUGAGAGAUCCCGACACAAGAUUGAUCAGAUGCGAAACACCAUCAUGCCCAGGCAUAUACUGUAGAUGUUGUUUCACCGAUAUCGGUGAAUUAUGCACAAUUUGCAUGUCUCCAGCCGAUUAUGGAGACCUUAGUGAUAUCAGUUUGGAAAAAGGGUCCACAGACGAUGAUAGUGAUAAUGAUAUCAAUGAAUGCAAAGCUGAUUCUAGUAAAGAUUAUCUAAAACUUAGCCUUCUCAAAUCAAAAAUUAAUUAUAGAAAAGAAAAAUGUGACUCAUAUUAUUCGAAAUCUAACAGAGAUGAAUAUUCAGAAAAGAUUUCCCUUCUUGAAUCGUUUGACGAUAAUUUAGAACUUAACGAAUAUGCAGGUUCAGAAGUUCAAAAUUCUGAUUUUAAGAAUAAUUACGACGUAUAUGGAGCUAAAACUCAUCAUGUACGUAAUAUGAAGAAUAAAACAAAACAUGGAAGAAACUAUGUAAAAUUUAAAUGCAUAAGAUUUAUAAUAAGAUAUUUCAAGAAGACAACACGAUAUAAGUUGAAAUUACCAAGAAUCAAAUCAAAAGCAAUGAAAAGAAAACGAAUUCAUGAAUGGAGAAAAAUAAAAAUGUCACAAUUUAACAAAAUUAUUUCAAAAUACCUUUCCAGAUCGGGGAACGUUAGACGCUGUAUUUGUCCCAAAAACAUAUGCCGUAAAGAAUAUUUUUGUUGUUUUCAUAUUGUUAUGUCAAAGAAAUCUAAACCAAAUAUGGAUUUUAAAGCACUGUUAAAUCGAAAAAGACGUGCUCGUAAAAAUAUUAUAGUGAAUAGAUGUGAAAUAAAUAAUCACCUGAAAUUAAACUGUACUUCAAAAAUGAUGAAUCCUAGUAAAUUAGCAGUGAAUUCUGCUGAUGAACCUAUUUUUUGUACGAGAACAGAUAACGAACUCAAUGCCACAGAAGAAAACGGAACAAAUGAUAAUAUUCAUAACGAAAAACCUGAUAAGAAACAAAACGAAAAUAAGGGUAAAAUGAAAAAUACACCAACUGAAGGUAUGCCCAAAACCGAAUCAAAAAAACGUAAUUGUGCUAAAACAGCUUUUAUAGCCUUUUCAACUUGUUUAUGUCUUAAAAAUAAAUUAACAUCAAGUGAAAGAAAGCUGAAUGAUAUGAAAAAUCACGAUCGUUCCUUUCAGAAGCAGAAAAAUAAUUUUAAACGAAGGAAAAAGAAAGAGAAAAUUGUAACGAAGUCGGAUGAAACCAUUAAAAUAAAAGCAGAUACUGAAAAUACUAGGAAUUAUAGAAUAACAGCGUAUUUACAAGAUCAAUGUUGGAAUAAAGGUAGUUGUAGAAAUAAGGAAUCAUUGGAAUUGUUGACGAAGGAAUGUGCGCUAGAUGACUUGGCAAAUUUGAGGAUGGCAGCGGCGAGAAAUAAAGCCAGAGAAGCAGAAAUACUGAAGAUUCUCGCAAAAAAAGAUUCGCUUAACAACAUAAAAGCAAAGAAAUGCAAUUGUCCCGAAACUCCCUGUAUUUGUGUACCCAAUCAAGGAACGUGUCACAAUAAGUGUCACAAGCCAGUGAAAAAAGAAAGAAGUUUUUUCAAAUGCAAUAAAGAUAAUAUAUUCCAUCAAAAGUGUAAACCCAAAGAUGUAUGUUGCAAAUACGUUCGUCACGCAAUCGACAUUGACCAAGCUGUGUCGGCGACGUUUCCAGAGGUUCAAAGUAAUGAGAUUAAAGUCCAUGAUUUUGAGGCUGGAAAACAUUGCAAUAAAACUACGGAACCGCAUAGAAGGCACGGAGUUUAUUGUCCAACUAGGAAGGAGUUUGGCAAAAUCGGAGACGGUUAUAAGCUUUACAAUUUUAUAAACGAGACUAAGAUUUGUGAAGAUCAGUACGUUCCGGUGAAUUACGAAGUAUCAUCAGGACAAACGAAUAAGACAAAGAAGCCCCUUGAUAAAAUUCCAGCAUUAAAAGCAAUGAAGAUAAAAGAUAUUAAAUUGGUUUUAUCAGAACGUUGCAUGCAUAUAAGGAUCAAGAAUCCUGCACCAAUGAUAAAAAAUCUCUACAAAGGUUUAACUAAGUCUCGUAAACACCCCAACGGUGUACAAUACACGAAAGACACUAUUUUCAAUAGAGCUUUUGGAGGCAAAUCGGUUUUUCCUAUUGUUCAAUCCAGUUCCUGUCAAUAUGUUGAUGAGACCAUAGUUCAAGAUCGUGGUACCCAAAUGCGACAGAAGUCCGAUGCUAUUUCACCCAAGGUGUAUUGUGAUGCUGCAGUUGAAGUUGUCAGGCAAACCUGCACUUGUGCUACGCAAUGUAGAAAUAUAAAUUGUGUAGAAAAAGGAUGCUCUACAGAUGCAAAGAUGAAAAUAUCGGAACACGCUGCAGAUAAAAGACCACAUAACGUUACGAAUGAGCAAGAAAUGUCUUCUGAUUACUCAACAUCUAAUUUUGAAAGCUCUAGCACAUCGAACGCAUUCACACAUAGUGACGAUACAAAAACAGACACUACUAUUUGCAGUAGAGUGGCUGUUGAUUUAAUCGAAGAAACACCAGUUAGGGCCAAAAUCAAUAAACACGUUAAGAAAAUUAAAGUUAACGUAACAACUAAAACUAAUCAAGGAACAACGACGGAUUUUGCUAAGUUUCGAGAUGUUAGUACUAUAACAGACGAUUGGUGGAGUCCGAUAGUUGAACGGAAAACUAUAAAACGUAUUAAAUAUGAACCGGUCAAUAAGUGCAAGUUAAUGCAUGAUAAAUGUAUAUCUACGGAUAGACACAGAAUUGUUAAGUUUUUGAGUCGUGCGCAAAUUAUACCGAGAGAAGAUAUUUUAUCUCCUUCGCGGUAUCUUUUAGAGUCUCAAAAAUAUUACAAUGAAUUAUUUACUUCGAAACUAUUUGCGCCACAUUUAUUCCCUGUUCUUGUAGCGACGAAGGAAAAGGACAAAGCACACUUGAAAAGUCGUUACAACCACCUUCGCAAAAAUAGAAAAACGAAGAGACUAGAAGACUACAGUUCACCGCGUUCAAAGGGCUCGAAUAUAUUUACUGAUAAAAUAUGCAAUGAGAAGAGUAUAAAGAAAUGUCAAAAAUGUCUUACAAGAGAAAAUUGUAGGAGGCUGGAUGAGAAAUCUUGAAGAAUAUUUGAUAAUGAAAUGUUCAAAAUGUACGUUGCGUGAUAUUUGGAGAGCUGUAAAUUUUUGUCUAUGUUUUUGUUUGUAUUUUUUAAAUAAAUUUAAUUUUAUA